CAACAACACAACAGACAAGCUGCAGCAUCAGCCAAACGUGAGCAGGAAAAGACAGACAGAUUGAAAUCCAGGCAGGCAGAUACCACAAAAGAUCCCAGGACAGCUGGGAAACAAAAUGGACUCAGACUUGGCACUUGUACACCAACAACAAAAAGGUCCAAUAAAACCCAGAGUCCUGGGACCAGCUCCCCCCGGCACAAUGGGCACUGUCCCAGCUGCCAGAUGCCAUUUUCUAUACUCCUGGUACAGACACCCAGAUGGCAUGUGAGCGAGUGCUUGGACACGCCAGCUCUCACAGAUAAAGAAUGCCCCGAUGGCAUUACAUGCAGUUCCACUAUCCCGUCACACUACAAGAAGUUCAGCCACUUCCAGCUUGCUCAGAGUCGUGCAAUGGAUGAGCUUAACUGUUCUCCACUAUACUCAGCCCUUCAUUCAUCUCUUGAAACUGCCAAAUCACCAGCCACUCAUCGUUCUAAUCGUGGACAGGACAAUGAAAUCAGACCUGAAAACUGCAUUCCUGCACUAGAUAUUAGCAAUACACCUAGGAGCCAAAGAUCUCCUCAUUCACAAUCACCUGCAAGCUCUCAGGAAUCAGUAAAACAGACAUCGCUUGAUGUCUGGCUUUCAUCCCCAUCCAAAAGUGUGCCAUCACAAGGUUCACUGUCCCCAAACAGCCGUACUGAUCCUCUUUAUAAUAGGUUAAACAAUGUCACAGCCCCAAACCUCCCACAUCAAGCCCCCAAUUAUUUUGAUUGUGAAAUCUCUUAUUCUCCUCUUCACAGUGACGAGGAGCUAUACAGCGAUGAGAAGGAUAGCAUCACUGGCUCAAUAAAGAGUGCGCUUCCCUGUCAGUCUGCGGAGGAGAAUUUGCACAGGAAUAAAGAGCGUUUAGCUGGAAAUCAGCAGCUUGAAGACUCUCAUAGCAAUGGGGAAACAUGCAAUAGAAGUAGCUCAGAACCCUUAUUCUCAGAGAGCAUCACCCAUGAGCCUUUCCCAUGUGCUGCUAAUCAGCCUGAAACUACACCAAUCACAGAAGAUGAUAAUUGGUCCAUAUACAGCUCACCUGCCUCCUGCAUUAAUGAUUGGGAUGUACACCGCCCUGAGCUUAACAAUUGGUUAACAGCAGAACGUGAUAACAGACUAAUUGUCUCUUCCAGCCAGAUGAACAAAGUGAUUUUACUCGGUAACAUUCAAUCUGAACGGAGUGCUUGUGACAGUUUGAAAGACAGGACAAAGCAGGUUAGUCUCCUCUGUACACAGAAACCGCAGCACACACCAGGACUUUCUCAACCUGCAGUAAAAGGUCAUAUAGGAGAGAUACCUGUACCCCAGGGAAGUGCUGCUAUGCCCUCUGUAGAAAUCGCUCCUGCCAAGGCAAAGAAACAGAUGGACAUUGGGGUGUUCUUUGGGCUUAAACCCAAACCUGUCAUAGAGAAAGAAGCUGUGUUCCCUUUAAAGUCCCAGAGUUUGAAUGAUGUUACAGCCCAGGGGGGUAAUAAACGCGGCCCAAGGAAGAGGAAAGCUCAGGGCUCGCUUGGAGACACCGAUUCUCUUAAUGAAACUCCUAAUUCAGUGGAGAUGGGGAGCCACAAAAGACAGGGGAAGAAAUUCAGGCAAAACUCAACAGGAGAGGGGAGUGGGAAGAAGAAAUGUCCAUUCUACAAGAAAAUCCCAGGGACUAACUUCACUGUGGACGCCUUUCAGUAUGGACAGAUAGAGGGAUGUUCUGCAUAUUUUUUGACUCAUUUCCACUCGGAUCACUAUGGGGGUCUCACAAAGAAAUUCCGAUUCCCAAUUUACUGCAGUAAGAUCACAGGAAAUCUGGUACAGAGCAAGCUGCGCGUGGAGAAGGAAUUUAUAAACGUUCUACCUAUGAACACAGAGUGCGUGGUGGACAACAUCAAAGUAUUUCUGCUGGAUGCCAAUCAUUGCCCUGGGGCUGUUUUGCUCCUCUUUGUUCUCCCCAAUGGGACCACAGUAUUGCAUACAGGAGACUUCCGUGCCGAUCCAUCAAUGGAGAAUUAUCUGCCUCUAAUUGGCCAGAAGAUAAACACGCUCUACCUCGACACCACAUACUGCAGCCCAGAAUACACCUUCCCUCCCCAGCACGAAGUUAUUGAGUUUGCUGCAAACGCUGCCUUUGAAAUGGUUACCUCGCAUCCACGCACACUGGUUGUCUGUGGAACUUAUUCUGUUGGAAAGGAGAAAGUCUUCCUAGCUAUCGCUGCAGUCUUGGGCUGUAAGGUCAGCAUGUCUCAGGACAAAUAUAAAACAAUGCUGUGUCUGGAGUCCGAGGAAAUCAGCUCGCUCGUCACUACCGACUGGCACAGCACUGCGCUUCAUGUUCUUCCCAUGAUGCAGGUUAAUUUUAAGGGUUUGUAUGCUCACCUCAACAAGUUUUCUGGGAAAUAUGAGCGUGUCUUGGCAUUCAAGCCUACAGGAUGGACUUAUUCGGAUCAAUGCAGUUCAGUGACAAAUCUCAGACCAGAGACCAGAGGGAAAGUCACACUUUAUGGUAUACCGUACAGUGAACACAGCAGCUUCUUGGAAAUGAAACGUUUUGUUCAAUGGUGUAAGCCUCAGAAAAUAAUCCCGACAGUUAACGUUGGAAGCCCCAAAUCCCGUUCUACCAUGGAAAAGUAUUUUACGGAUUGGUCUUUGGAAGCUUCCUCUAAACCAAUCAGAAAUACUACGUAAUUGAACACGUUCUUUGCGUGGUUACACAGUUUCCCUUUUUUUCUUCCUGUCUGCUGCUAAAUAUACAUGUGACCUCUUAGAAAUUUUACCCUUGCCAGUGACCGCUAUUCAGUCUCUCGAGCUGGUGCAUUCCCUGUUUACCAUACUUCCCGGUCUGGGUUAAAUAUCUAAAACUCUUUGCUGAACUGUUCUGGACUCUGUCUCUCUGUCAGUUUAUUCAUCAGUUUUAUUGCACAUGAUGGAUUUUUUUUUUUUUUAACUUAAUGUAAUUUAUGACAAACCUUUUUAGAAAGUUAUUUAAUAAUUUUAGCCUUUUGCAGUAUAACUGCU